AUGGAGCCACCGGCCCUGCUGCUUCUCCUGCAGGUUACUGCUGCCAACAGUUUUUUUCAUGAAAUUGAAAAUUUCAGUUUAAGCCAAGCCAUCGGAAAGAGGAGUAUUCAGUGGCUGGGUUCUGAUCCAUUAGACAGCCUGCGUCCUCUGCAGCGGACCAAAAGGACCUGGGUUAUCACCACCAUUGAUGUUCAAGAGGAGGACAAAGGCCCGUUCCCCAAAUUUGCUGGGCAGCUUUUCAAUAACAAAUCAUUUAAUAAGUCAGUACAAUAUUUAAUCAGUGGAUCUGGGGUGGAUGAACCUCCAGAGAUGGGAUUGUUUUCCAUAGAGGACGAUGCGGACGGCCACGUGUACGUACAUCGUUCUAUUGACAGAGAAAAGACCUCAACUUUUCAGAUACGUUUCAAUAUUGUAUGCAGAAAAACUGGUGAACCAUUGGACCAUCCUUUAUAUUUCAAGAUAAAGGUUAAAGAUAUUAAUGACAAUGCACCUGAGUUUUCCAAGGAGGAAUAUAGUGUUACAGUAAGAGAGAACCACAGUAAAGAUGAGCCCGUUUUCCAAGUUACUGCCUUGGACAAAGAUGAAGAGGGCACCGCAAAUUCUCAGGUGUCCUAUUCUCUAACUAUGCAAAUGCCCCUUGCAGAUGGAUUCACAUUUAAUAUUGAUCCUACCACAGGAUCAAUAUUUCUGACAGGAUGCCUGGAUUAUAAGGCUGCCAGCUCCUUCAAACUUCUGAUCAAAGCCAGUGACCACGGGACUCCCCAGCUCUCAUCUACUGCAACAGUGAAUGUAGCCGUGGAAGAUGCAAACAACCACCUCCCUGUAUUUACUAGGGAUAAUUACUUGCUGCAGAUUUCAGCAGGUCAGGAGCACCCAGCUGUAUUACGGCUCCCGGUAGAAGAUGAAGACUCUCCCAACACUCCAGCUUGGAGAGCAAAAUACAGAGUAACGGAAGGCAAUGAGAAGGAGCAGUUCACCAUUGAGACAGAUCCAGUCACUAAUGAAGGCAUUUUGAGUAUUAUCAAGCCUCUCAACUAUGAAGAUGACUCUGAGAUGAGACUUGUCAUUUCUGUAGCAAAUGAAGAACCUUUCUUCUUGUGUAAAAACGGCCUUGUGAUGAACUCAGGCCUCGAAUCCAGCUCGAAUACAACUGUGAACAUCGUGGUCUUACAGCCACAACAUGCUCCCAGGUUUCAUCCUCCUGUACUUAUUGUCCAAAAAGAAGAUUCAAUGAAGCCUGGGAAAAUAUUUAGGAGGUAUCCUGCCACAUAUCCAAAUGAUGUGCCAAAUAAGAUAAAAUAUGAACUAGCCCGUGACCCAGAUGGCUGGCUGAGUGUGGAUGAGAAUUCUGGAGUUCUUACUGUGGCAAAAGAAUUUGAUCGAGAGUCUCCUUAUGUGAACAACAGCCUGUACACCAUCGUUGUUCAUGCUAUUGGCCAUGAUAUUCCACCUCAGACUGGUACCGGCACCAUCCUGCUGUACUUGUCUGACAUGAGUGAUCAUAUGCCAACAUUAGCAGCUCCGUCUUUAGACGUGUGUGACAAAAAAGAAGGGACACCUCUCAUUAUAAAAGCUAAGUCUGCUACAGACCAGUCACAUUCUGGGCCAUUUACAUUUGAGCUGGCUGAGGACUCUGAAGAUGUGAAGCGUAACUGGACAUUAGGAAGGAACUUCGGAGAAUCAGUUGAACUUGUAAUGUUAAGAAGCCUCCCACAAGGUGGCUACUUGAUACCCGUCAUUAUUCGGGACAGGCAAGGAUUUUCCAUGAGGCAGACUCAGCAUGUGAGGCUCUGCUUUUGCCCAGAUGGACAUACAUGUAAAGAUUCACCACUUCCACAAGCAGCAGUGACUCUUGGAGGUGCUGCCAUUGCAAUAAUGCUGUUGGCUUUCUUAUUACUACUGGCUUCCAUUAUUCUGCUUUGCCUGGUUUAUGGGUCAGGAUCUAAAAGCAAAGCCUUUGUUCCACCUCAAGAGGGUGAACAGACUUUAAUCAACUAUAAUGAAGAAAGCAGAAUGCCUGUGUUUCAAGCUAAGCUGGAUAUCACAGAUCACGCUGCUCGUCUGCCUGUGCCUGUGGAGGCUGGAGAAGAAGCGAUUUCUGAGGAUGGCCUGUACGUUAGGUACAAGACAUUCCAGGAAAGACACUUUGAAUCCAUGAUACAGACAGUGGACAGAAUACUGGCUCAGCAACUGGAUUACCAAAACGGACUGGAAGAUUACAGUGACAUCUGUAAACCUCACAUAUACACUGAGGAAGGAGAACUAGAACAAAGUGACUCCUGCUCUCUCUCCAGUGGUGGUGAGGACUUGCCUGUUAAUUUUUUGAACACUCUUGGACCAAAGUUUUCUGCUCUGGAAGAAAUCUGUCAGAAGCGAUUUCCAUCAUUCAAUUAAUUUCAGAAGGCUGUGCCUACUUUAUGGUGUUGCAAAGACUUCUGGCAGAAGCACUGAAAAAUUGGGAGAAAAAGACUCACCCGCGCUGGAAAGCGCUGCGGUGUCUGCGCCACGGGGACCUGCCUUGGACCCUUCCUGCUGCACUGCUCUCACACAGCCGCCAAGAACCUGAGUGUCCGGAGGGUCCACUCUGCUCUGAAGAGAUGAUGGAGUGAUUUUGGCAUAUUCUGUGCAGACUUAACACAAAUGGAAGAUCUGAUAUUAAGGAUCCUCGCUAUUGUAAACAAAGGAAUAAAAGACAUCUACUAGGGUAGAAAUUCCAGUCCAAGUUCUAUAUGGAAAUAAGGCAGCUGUGAACGGAGAAGGCAAUUACCAGCUAGGCUGGUGAUGCAGUCUGUUCUGGUCCCUUUAAAUCCAAGACUAACUUCCAUACGGUACCGUGCGGGUCUGACUUGCUGAUCAGAUCUUUUACUCCGAUAUGACAUUGAAAUAUCUAAGAGGAAAUGCUCUUCUACUCCCGGUGUGACUGUAACUGCAUCGCAGCCUGAGCUCUGCACCGAGCUGGCCUUCUAGCAUAAAGCAGGCGCUUCCUCAGUGCCCAUUUGCUCGUGCUGGCAUCUGGUGGCUCUCAGUAUUAUUGCACUGUUGUAAAUACUGUAAAUGCUACCAAGUGUGUGCAGUUGACCUCUGCUCAGUUAUAGCUUGAUGGCUGUCGGGAAGAAUAGCUCAGAAGAUCCUAUUCUGCUAUUAGGUAAGUGAUACAGAUAAUAAGAGAUGGAAUUAGUCCCAGAUUUUACUUCUGUUCUAUUACAAUUUUGUCCUGAAAGAAAUAUUCUUUGCCCAGGGCAAGCACUAAGUCUGGUAGCUAAGGCACUGUUCUUCUGUUUCAAAGUUUUCUUAAAGAAUAAAUUAUGCUUUUGCUCAGAUGUUAUUAACUAAUAAUUCAAGGUUGGAAACUUCUGUCAAGUGUGGUAGAAGAAUUUGCCUGAGAGGCAGGCAGCUAAGUUUUCCUAAACGCCAGCAGCGGGAUCUGUUUACACAACAAAUCACUACUCUGAAAAACCAUCUCUGGUUUGUCAUUCCAGAUGGAAGACUUCAAUUCAGGCCAGUGAUCUAACAGCACGGCCAAUAACCACCAGGUCUUUUUUAUUGCAAACUAUAACUGUAUUGGUAAGAUCAGAACU